AUGACCGUCACCUUACACCUACGAGCUGAAACUAAACCAUUAGAAGCUAGAGCUGCUUUGACUCCUACCACAGUUAAGCAGUUGAUUGCUAAAGGUUUCAAGAUUUAUGUGGAAGACAGCCCACAAUCCAUUUUCCACAUCGACGAAUAUAAGAAAGCUGGCGCCAUCAUAGUUCCUGCAGGUUCAUGGAUUUCUGCCCCUCGUGAUAGAAUCAUUAUUGGGUUGAAAGAAAUGCCUGAAACUGAUAAAUUUCCUUUAGUUCAUGAACACAUUCAAUUUGCCCAUUGUUAUAAGAAUCAAGCUGGCUGGAAAGACGUUUUAACCAGAUUCAUAAAUGGUAAUGGUACCCUUUAUGAUUUGGAGUUUUUAGAAGACGAUGAAGGUAGAAGAGUUGCUGCCUUUGGCUUCUACGCUGGGUUUGCAGGUGCUGCCCUAGGUUUGAGAGAUUGGGCUUUUAAGCAAACUCAUUCUGAUGCUGAAGAUUUACCUGCAGUCUCACCAUAUCCAAAUGAAAAGGCUCUAAUCAAGGAUAUUUCUAUUGAAUACAAAAAUGCCUUGAAAAAGGGUGCCAAGAAACCAACUGUACUAAUUAUUGGUGCUCUAGGUAGGUGUGGUUCUGGUGCCAUUGAUCUAUUGAGAAAAAUUGGUCUUCCAGAAGAAAAUAUAAUUAAAUGGGAUAUGAAGGAAACUGCCCGUGGUGGUCCAUUCCCAGAAAUUGCACAAGCUGACAUCUUCAUUAAUUGUAUAUACCUAUCCAAGCCAAUCCCACCAUUCAUCAACUACGAUUUACUAAAUAAGGAUACAAGAAGAUUAAGAACAGUAGUUGACGUUUCUGCUGACACCACCAAUCCACAUAACCCAAUUCCAAUUUACAACAUUGCUACAGUAUUCAACAAACCAACGGUGCUCGUACCAACCACAGCCGGUCCAAAACUAUCUGUAAUUUCUAUCGAUCAUUUACCAUCUCUAUUACCAAGAGAAGCUUCUGAAUUUUUCGCAAGAGAUCUUCUACCAUCAUUAGAACAACUACCAGAAAGAUAUACUGCCCCUGUUUGGGUCAAGGCUGAAAAAUUAUUCAAUAGACAUUGUGCCCGUGUUCAUAGAUCAUCUAAAUUAUAG